AUGGACUCCCAAAUUCCCAUCCAAGACUACCCAUUUGACGGGCGCUAUCAUGGUCUAUCGACUUCUCCUGUCAUAUCACGGGAUUGGCCACUUACCGAACUGACAGCUAAUGAGCUUCCUGAUCUAACGGCGAAUGCUGGGAGCGCACCCAAUACGCAACACUUUGAUCUCAACGGUAUGUCGCAGAACAACGUCUCAAAUGGCGACAAAAAAGCAAUCUCAACCAAGCAAGGGGUUGGUAUGGUCUAUUAUCACAACCGACAACAUUUAUCAUCCAAAUACCAAAAUCGAGGCCAACCGUCACGCAAUCCCUAUUUGACCAGGGCGAUAGUAGGUGAUAAUCAUACCUCAAGCCACAAUUCUCAUCCUCACUCAACACGGUGUAGUACAGCUCUUGAGGUCAAACCUAGACUCAAUGAGCUGAAAUCAGACGAGUGUUUAAAUCCUUAUGCGGAAAGUGAUAGUAGGGAAGGAAUCAUCGAAACUAACCCAAUCGCAUCUCCUCAUGAUGCAGAGGAAGAAUCGCCAGUUCACCAAGUCACCGUGGACCGUCCUGUAGAUACAAGCUAUCUUCACUCGGAAAGCGACAGUGAAGAUGCUCAGGAGCAAUCUCCUGAACGUCGUUCAAUUAGCCCUCAAUCCCGGUGGAGCGUGGAUUGGCACUCGCUUCAUCAGCUUGAGAAAGAUGGAGAUGACUUACAAUGGCACCUCGAAAAGAGUCGAUCGAAAUUAGAAAAAUCUCAAAGGAAAGAACAAAUCUCAGCAGAGAACUUGGAAGAUGUUCUAAGACAAUUGGGUUUCUCGCAAGUUACAACCGAAUAUCUGACUCAUCAUAAUAAUUGGCUAUUCCAUGAAAAUGCUAGUCUCCACAACAGAUGUGCCCUAGGGGAGAAUUAUGUCAACAAUCCUAGAGGUCAGUUGAGGGACGAUACGGAAAUGUUCGGUCUAGCAGCUACUGAAUUGAGUGAGCUGAGAAGGACUAAUGAUGCGUUGAGAGAGAUGAUUGAGAGUCUUGUGAGUCGGAUCCAAAUGAACACAGAAUGA